AUGAACUCCAUCGGCGCUGGUACUUACCACCACCCCUCCCAUAUGUCUCUUAUAGAUGUCGUCUUUCCCGGUUUCAGUAUGGCCUCUGCCUCCGCACAGCAGCUGCUUGCCGGUAACCUGGACAGCUACACCCGACUUCUUUGUACUUUCGGUAUAUUUGUCCUCUUUGCCCGCUAUGCAGUCCGCUAUGUUUGGGAGAUAGUGAGACUUUACUUCACUUCCACAAUUUAUGUCUCAUACUACGACGAAGCAUACGAUAUGCUGGUUGAUUGGAUAGCCGAGCAACCGUUUGUCCACAAUGCCCAUUCACUGAUUGCUCGUGUGAGGUCCACACAUCGCACAGGCAACCUCUAUUCAACAAAGAAAAAGCCUUUGACUUUUUCUCCUUGGGAUGGAUCAUUCUUUUUCUGGUACAAGGGACAUCUGCUCAUUCUUCACUGCGAUGUCAAAGAGCAUCGAGAAGAUCUCAGAGUCUCUUCUAUUGGUCUCAAUGCCAGCGUCCUGAAAACAUUGAUCGAAGAGUGUAGAGAAAAGUAUAUCAAGGACACGCAGAGAAAGGUCUCCGUCUUCGAGCACCGCGAAGGGGAGUGGAAGAAAGCCAGAUUGAGAUCAGUUCGCCCUAUCUCCACGGUCAUCAUGGACCAGGGGGUAAAAGACGACAUAUUAAGAGAUGUGGAGGAGUUUCUCGACCAAGAUAUGCAAAGCUGGUACGCAGAGCGGGGUAUCCCCUACAAACGAGGCUACCUUCUCUUUGGCCCCCCUGGAACUGGGAAAUCCAGUUUCAGUUUAUCACUUGCAGGGAAUCACGAACUGGAUAUUUAUACACUUCAAUUGUCGAAUAUUUCAGACACCACUUUGAUGAGGUUGUUUGCUGAGCUUCCCCCGCGUUGUAUUGUUCUGUUAGAGGACGUGGAUACUGCAGGGGUGGGACGCCGGGAUAGCAUCGAUGCAGACCAAGCAAACGAGUCAAAGUCAGCAGUCACCUUAUCCGGACUCCUGAAUGUGCUGGAUGGUGUCUCGUCUCAAGAGGGCCGGAUACUCGUCAUGACCACGAAUCAUAUCGAACAGCUGGACGACGCUCUGAUUCGGCCUGGCCGUUCAGACAAGAAAGUUCAUUUCAAACUUGCCGAUCAGAACAUUUCGACUCAGCUCUUCCACACGGUUUUCAAGCAGUUGCCCAACCAAAAGCAAUGCAACCAGAAAUAUAACGACGAGACCAUCGAGGGGCUUGCACGUGAUUUUGCAAGCAAAAUUCCCGAGGAAGUAUUCAGCCCGGCAGAAGUUUUGUCAUUUCUUUUAGAGCGCAAGAAGUCGCCCUAUGAUGCUGUUUCUAGUGUGGAGAGCUGGGUGGCGAAAGCAAAGUGCUGA